GCCAACUCCUCCUCUUCUCCUCUUGAGACCACCUCUGCGAAAUGCCAAAAGCCGUACAGCUCAUUCCAUCACACCAGGUUGAUCUCCAGCCAUUUUUAAACUCACAUGGCUGGAGGUGAGACGAAUUUGCUCACGGAAAAACACCACUCACCCCACCUGGGACUCGGAGCAGAGAGCAUGGUCUACUGCGGGAAGCCGUCGGGUGGCUGCCAUGCCUGCCGAGCGAGGAAAACGAAGUGUGAUAAAAUUCCCGAAGGCUGUACUCAAUGUUUCAGAGCCAAACGAGAGUGUCCCGGAUAUCGAUCACAGGGAGAUCUAAUCUUCCGGGAUGAAAGCACCAACGUCGUCCGAAAAUUCAAGGCUAAGGAAGCAAAGAAGCAAGCCCUGGAGUUAUCCCUGUCUAUCUCCCCGCAGCCGGAAGAGGAAGUAUCCCUCGAGCUGGUGCAGCAGAAGGACCCUUAUUUAUCAGCUCUCCAAUUGGCACCUACAAUCGAAGAUCUCGCAACCGGUUUCUUUAUUUCGAAUUAUGUUAUCGAAUGUAGGGCGUCAAAUCGAGGGCAUUUGGACCCAAUUCAAGAUAUGACUAGGACUGGUCAACUGGAUGAGGGUUUGCUUUCAAGUAUGAAAGCUGUUGGCCUAGCAGGCUUCGCCCAUGCGGCACACGCACCCAAUUUAUUGAAGAACGCUCGCUACCAAUACGUCCAAGCCCUUCAAUCAACAAACGUUGCACUUCGAGAUCCCGUUCAAGUCAAGAAAGAUAGCACCUUGAUGUCAAUUAUGAUUCUCGGAAUCUUUGAGACCAUCACCGGUUGCCGUCAAGAGUCACUCAAAGACUGGUCUGAGCACAUCAAAGGCGCUGCCGCAGUCAUCAAACUCCGAGGCCCGGAUCAAAUCAAGACACCCGCAGGAAGACGACUAUUGGUCCAGGUGACGGCCCAUCUCAUGAUAGCCUGUAUGAACAAGGGGAUCGCACUACCGAAGCAUAUGAUCGACUACAUGACAGCCGCCAUCGAACUGGUCAAGACACCAGACCCUGCCUUCAUCAUCCAAGACACCUUGAUGCGUUUCUCAAUUCUGCAUGCAGAAAUGCAGCAAAAGAUUCUCACAGACCGAGAAACAAUUUUAUCUCGAGCUCUGGAGCUUGAUGCCAAGCUCGUAGAAAUCGUCGCCAACGUCCAGCCAGGAUGGGAAUACAAAACCGUCUUCACAGAAGAGAAAUCCGAGCACGUCUUCAACGGCCGCUACCAUGUGUACAAAGAUUAUUGGAUGUCACAGAUGUGGAACACGCUCCGGACAGGCCGCAUCCUUCUCAACGAAGUGAUCCGCAACACCCUGCUCGCAGGUUUCUCUACCAGCCCUCCCGUCUUCAGGUCCGCUGAGCACAGCGCGCAAUUUCAGAUCUCCACGGACGCAAUAUAUGAAAUGCAAGCAGAUAUUCUCUGCAUAGUGCCGCAGCACGUCGGCUAUUUCCCAAAGGGAGGAACGCACUUUCAAACGCUCGCUGAAGUCGAUCAAUCGCAGCUCCCGACUAUUAAGAUGUCGGGAGGUUCGUUCUUGAUUUGGCCGCUUUGGCUAGCAGGUAUUUUAGAUGUUGCCACGGAGGAGGUCCGACAGUUCGUGAAGAGAAACCUCGACUCUGUAGGUACGACUAUGGGUAUUAAGCAGGCUUAUCUUUUGGCUGAUAUUCUGGAGGCGAAGACUGGAAUUACAGUUUGGAAGGAAGACUGAAAAGAAAGAUUGCCUGGUUGUCUCAAUGCUGGAAUACACCUAGCUUCUUCAGGAAAAAAGUACAACGACACCCCCCAGGUAUCGAUUAGGGGCCAGAGUAUUAACGACUUGUAAUUGGCUACUCCGCCCUUUAGAUACCUUAAGUUGGAUUUUUGUUUAAAUAAACAUAGUAUACUAUAAGGCUUAUAAUUUAAUCACGUG